AGGUCGUGCUUAGUAAAAUAUUGCAGGACCAAUCAAAACUCUCGUAACAUAUUCGCUCUGUUGAAGGAAAAGUCGACUAUUUACAAGUGGGCAGUACAUCAUGACAUUUCAGGGAAUCCCUUGGAUACUCUAUGAAGACGACAGCACACGAUUCUGGGUCCAUUAUGGUCUUGUCAUUCUAGGAUUUGUGUUAGCAACCAUUACAGCAAUAGUCCAGUGGAGAAAUCCAGCACCUUACGGCAAACAUGAAAAUAAUGAGUUGAACUGGGGUCCACAGAUUCCACAGCGCUUGGGACACAUUCUGUCUGAUGCCACUCCUGGUGUUGUACUUUUCUUGUUGGUGUUCUUUCUGUAUGGAGAUUCCAGACACUACACCAACUAUGUGUUUUUAGCUCUAUUUCUUUGUCACUAUAUCCAACGUGGCAUCAUACACCCACUAAUAAUGAACUACCGCAGUGCCAAGGUGCCCAUUGGGAUAACACUUGGAGGAUUUUUCCCAAAUUGCAUUUAUCACUUCAUCAAUGCUGAUUUUGUUGGAUCAGCAGUUUUCAACACAAAUUACUUCUAUGAUCCUAGGUUCAUCAUUGGAAUACUGCUAUUCUUGUCUGGAUUUGUCAUCAAUCGUUGGGCAGACUGGAAACUCAAGUCACUCCGCAACACUAAAGGUGAAGAUUGUAAACUUGAAGACGGUUGUAACGGAUACUAUAUUCCCUAUGGUGGUCUGUUUGAGCUCGUCAGCUGUCCUAACUACUUUGGUGAACUGGUAGAAUGGCUGGGAUGGACGAUAGCAACAUGGUCACUGUCUGGGCUUGUGUGGUGUCUCUUUUCUGCUGCCACAUUUAUACCUCGUUCACGGCAUAACCACAAAUGGUACAGACAACAGUUUGAGUUAUACCCAAGAAAUAGGAAGGCUUUGGUCCCAUUCAUCUUCUGAAGAGAGAGUCAAGAUAUAAUUGUGUUUAUUUCAAAGACAGGUAUCAAGUAUUUCAACCACAAAAACCACUGAGGUUGAAUUCAACAAGAAAAUACUAUGACAAGGAUAUUAUUUCAUUUUCAAUGAUCUAAUCUUCACCAUAAUGUUUAUAAAAUGGUAUAAAUAUGUGUUUAGAACUUUAUUUGUCAAAGAAUUGAACUACUGCCAAGUGUGUUAUAUAUAAACAAACCAAAUCUGUGAUACUAUCAAGAGAAUUUGUGUAUUUGUAUGUCUAUACCUUAUUCACUGCUGUAUGUGUAGAUUCUAGCUUCAUCAGCUAUCACACUUAAUCAUGAUGCUACUGUUGUAAGUCUGACCAUUGUUUCAUCUGCGAUACCCAAACUAAAUACUGAAGAAUCCACAUGUAACAGAGUGUAACCAAGGGAAGUAACUCUGGUAGAUCAAAUAUAUUAACAUGUGAGAGUAUGUGGUUGUGUGUACUUUAUUUUUACAAUAAUGUUAUAUCCUAUAUUGAUACUAUCAAGUUGACAUGGACAAUGUUAAAGUCGGUGUGGACAGUAUUAAAGUCAGUGUGGACAGUGUUAAAGUUGUUGUGUCCCACCUUAAAAUGUCAGAAAAAUGGGGGUUUUUUUUCUAACAGUUCUGGAUUGCUACUGUUAAGAAACAGUUGAUUGUUAUUUAAAACAAACAAAAGUCAUUAUCAACAUACUAAAUCACAUCAGUUAUAUCUAUGAGGCCCAAAAAUGUUUUAUAAUUUCUGAUACUUUUAUUGUUUGUAGCCAAUCUUUCUCAUAUUUGUUUUGAUUUUUGUUUUUGUUUUCUCCUAUUGUUUUUGUUGGUUUUUUUUUUUUUUUUUCUUCACUUCUUCGGUCUUUCAGUGUUUCAAAUAAGUCUGCAUCUUCAAGUUACAUCAACUGGUAUUCACAUAGAACACAUCAUCAAUAUACAUUGUAAGUAGUCUGUUAUUCUCAAACAGUUCUUAUUUUCUAAUUCUUCUGUUUUGUUUGCGUUAUAUUUGUAUAUCACCUAGACAGUGUCUCCUACAAAUGUUUUAAAGUAGGCAUGAACUACAGGUAUGUAGAAAUUUUAAUAUAAUGGUUGAUUCACAGAAAUUGAUAGAUGACUGAUAGUUGUAAUUGUAAGAAGCAGGUGCAUGUAAUAUAAAUAGUUGUCUUUUAAAAUACAUACCUAGGCACGUUUAAGUUUUGUUAUUAUACUGUCAAAUUGAAAUUGGUUUUUGUUAUGAACUACCAUUACAUUGCCAUUGAAGUCUUUUGUGACCUUGAAUGAUGGUCAUUCCCUUUGUUUCCACUUGUUGGAAUCAGUUAAUAAUUGUAAAACAUGGGUGUAAAUCUAAUCGGAAUUUGUCCUUGUAUGUAAUUUAUCUCCUGUCUUGAUUUG